AUGUCUUCUUGGGACGUGAAAGGCAAAUUCGCCAUUGUCACCGGAGCCGGCAGUGAUAUCGCACUGCGCCCUGAAGCCGAAGAGACACUGUCGAGGUUCCCUCAUCCACCGAAAGACGGAUCACCAUCCGCAGUCUUUCACCAGAUGGACCAGUCCGACUGGUCCCAGAUCUCCGAGACCUGGGAUUUCGCCCUGAGGACGUUUGGCAGAGUCGACCUGCUUUGCCCUGGGGCAGGAAUCUGGGAACCCCCAACGUAUACCUUCAGGAACCCCCCGGGUACCUCCCCCCAAUCCAAGGACGAUCCAAAAGCCGCUCCCGGAGUCUACCAGAUCUUCGCCGUCAACCUCAUGGGCCCGAUCCGGUUUGUCCAGCCAGCCCUCGACUACUGGCUCCAGAACAAGGUCGCCGGCAAUUCGCUCUUCGUGGCGUCUCUCAGUGCCUAA